AUGAAGCUAGCCACUUUCCUGGUCGCGACUGUCGCCGCUCUGGCCACGGUUCAAGCCCAAGAACAACAGCAGCAACAGCAGCAUUGGCAGCCCACCACCAUCAGCCACGACCAAGUGAGGCCAUUUGCCCAGCCCGAGCCUGUCACGAUUUCCGAGAGGGCCGCCGUGAAGUUCAAGCCCCAACUGCACGUCACUAACGGAUGCCACCCGUACCCUGCAGUCAAUGACGCAGGCGAGACCAGCGGCGGCCUGAAGACAUCAGGAGCUCCCAGCGCUGGCUGCAAGGGAUCUGGCUGGGGUUCUCAGGUCUACGGUCGCUCCACUUGGCACAGAGACGUCUGGGCCAUUAUGUACUCGUGGUACUUCCCCAAGGACUCGCCGUCGACUGGCCUGGGCCACCGCCACGACUGGGAGCACGUCAUUGUGUGGAUCAACAACCCGGACGUUCCGGACCCGAUCAUUUUGGCGGUCACGCCGUCAGCACAUAGCGGCUACUCGAAGUACUCCCCACCGAAUGCCGACACGCUGGACGGCACGAGCAUCAAGGUCAACUACGAGAGCAACUACCCCAUGAACCACGCCACGGACGUGACGACGGAGGGCGGCGAUUUCCAGGACUUGAUCAUGUGGGACCAGAUGAGUGACUUGGCGCGCAGAGCCCUGAACGAAGUAAGCUUCGGCGACGCGAACGUGCCGAUGAACGACGGAAAUUUCGUUGGUAAGCUCGACAGGGCGUGGCCGUUUUGA